UUCCAGGUCUCCGGCUGUUGCGAGGUGGGCGUGGCCGGGCGCUGAGGUUGGGCGUCCUGGCGGUGCUGGGCGUGUGGGCGUGGGUGGCGCUCCUGUCCGGGAACGGCGGUCCUUCUCCUCCACAGCAGCAUGGCAAGGUUAGCAAGUCUCCCAGCCCUCAGGUCGCCUCCAAUCAUCGCACACCAUUCUACAGUUAGCCACGCCCCUCCAGAGAGCCUAAACCACGCCCCCUUAAGAAAAGAUAAUGACAAGGCCCAGAAGGACAAGGUCAGCUUCAGCGCGAGCGAGGACGUCAACCCGAGGUACAACAUCGCGGCCAAGAAAGAAGUGGUGGACGUCGAACUCCUGCCCUUGAGAAAGCAGGACUUUGAGGACGUCCCUCUGGGCGACGCCACGAGAGAUAAGGGGGAGGGGAAGGAGGACCCAGACGGACCUGACGCGAGGGAGGACUACGAUGAAGAUGAAGAUGACGAAGACGAGGAAGAGGAGGAGGAUCAAGGGAAGUGGGGAGGGAGGAAUAGGAUGGCGAACGGAGACGGAGGCCUUGUCGAAGACGAGGACGUGAAAGCAGCUAAGGAUAACGUGGCUCUCGAGGAGCAAGGAGAGGAGGAAGGGGGGCACCACUUGAAGGCAAUGUUGAAGGACCUCCAGAAGCAAGAAAACUGGAAGUCACCCGAAGACGCGAAACUUUGGGAGAAAAACCGCAAUCUGGAGGAGAAGAGACAGUUCGACUUUGACAAUCUCGAGAAAAACGUCUGGAAGGGAGAAGACGACCUGAUGGGACUCAAGGGGAAGGUCAACGACAUGCAAACAAACGGCCUGAAGGGAGACGCAGGUGCUAUCGAGGACGACCUCAAGUUUCGUAGGAAGAGAGUGAAGGAGGUGUGCAAGAAAUACAACCUGGGUCCUCUGGCCAAACCUGGGUCUCGUCCGAGUAUCAAGCACCCGCCCACUCCCAACUACGACGUAUUCUAUAUCGAUAGAAACGACGGACUGGCCUGGUGCCCCAUAUACAAGGCCGCUUCAACGACUUGGCUCUAUAAUUUCAUCCUCCUCGGCGGCCUCUCAGACUCUUACGUCCAGAACACCAAGGAACAAGUGUCCAACGUGGCCAGGAAGCUGUGGCCUCCUCUUGAAUACAAGCAGGCCGAUAUGGCCCUAAAGAUGAGUCUCAAGUUCAUGAUCGUCCGCCACCCGUUCGAACGCAUUGUUUCCGCGUAUCGAGACAAGUUGGAGAACCUAAACAUCGGGAAGGAACACGGAAUCGAACACUUCUAUCAGAAAUACGGACGGAAGAUCGUUGCCAAAUACCGCCAGGAAGGACAAGGACCGCCAGCCGAUAGGUACUCGCAAGAUAAGGACGACCCUGCUCUCCCGCCGCCGAAGGGCAUCGAACCGACUUUCGAAGAGUUCGUGAGGUACCUCAUUAACACGGAUCUUGUUUACUAUGCGGACGACCACUGGAUGCCCUACUACCUUCACUGUACUCCGUGUCUCGUCGACUAUGACGUCAUUGCCAAGUUCGAGACCUUGGACAGGGACCAGAAGUACAUCAUCGAGAAGAGGAAGUUGGAGAAGAAGAUCAAAGUCACGUGGAAGCACCUGACGAAGGGGAAAAAGACGUCAGAUACAGUUAAAAAAUACUUUGCUACGAUAACUAAGGAUCAGUUAUUGAAGCUUUACCAGAAAUAUAAGGUUGAUUUUGAAUUAUUUAAUUAUUCUAUUGAUGAUUAUUUGUCUUACGUGAAACCGUCAUAGUAUAUGAUGUAGCUUAUUGGGGUUAGACUGGGAGUUCUAUGCACAUCUGAUACACAUAAAGUAAUGCGCAAUGGAUUGUUAUCAUUUUAAUUUUGUUUACAGGAAGAUAUACCCUUGCUUUCUUAAACACUGUAUGCACAUUUUUUAGUAUAUAUACUAACUGAUAUAUUAAAUAUCAGCCUAUUCUUUGUUCUAAUAAAGCAUUAUAUAAAGUAUGGAAAAUUAUGCCACGACAGUAUCAGGUCACAAUAAAAGAGGAGAAAAAGUGCUGGUA